AUGGCUGCAGGUCAUAUACAGUCUCCAGUUUUCUCUGGACGAAAAUAUCUGGUGUACGCCGGCAGUGUGGAGGAAGUUACGAGUGAGGUCGACGACUCGCUGCGGCUGGAUCCUUUUCUCUCGGCGCUGGGGAGCGCUCGGAUCGCAGUGGAUCCGGAGCCGUUGAAUUGCGUGUUCUGCCGUGGUUUUGGUGGUUGCGUCUUCUGUCCGGGCAGUGGAAACGGUACGAUGGCUUGUGGUGACCUGAGUGGUGUGGGAGGGGAGUCUUUGGGUGCCAUAUUCAACGAAGUGCAACGGUCAGUGCGGCAGUCUGUUCCGUACAAACGGAUGUCUCUACCCACUCGAUCUGUGGGCGUUAGUCCCGAAGGCUUCACGGCACGACGGGUCUUCAUGAGUGAAGGCAGCUGCGAGGAAGACCUCUACCCGCCCCACAUGUAUGAAACCUCGCUCUACUAUGAUAGCUCCUCGGCCGAUGAACCGCGCUACCGGCGGUCCUCGCGCUCUUCCCAACCCCGUUCGCCUCCUCCGCCGCGGUACUCCUCUACCGACACCGAGGCACGGCCUUCAUCCGUCGGCAGUCGAGACAGUCGGGACCUCGACAACCGGGGUCUCGACAACCGGGGUCUCGACAACCGGGGUCUCGAGAACCGGGGUAUGGAAAGGCGGAAUCUGGACAGUCUAGGACGCCCCGGACGGGGCGGUGAGGUGGUUGCGACCGACUCUGUGCUGGGAGGCAGUCUGAGUAGUUCAGUGUACAGCACCUCGUACUCGUCUACGGCAGAUCGGUCGUGGGAGAAGCGGGAGUCCUCGGUCGUGCCUCUAGAGGACCUACGGUCGACGCCCUUCGGGACUGUGGGUACUCCGCCGCCCGUUGCUUGGCAUGCCGAAGAGGAGCUGGAGUUGUACGAACAGAGCAUCACGCUCCUCCCGUGGAUGCGGCCCUACCCCACGUCGCAUCCCACCGGCAGCAGCGCGGUUUCAUCUGCGGGUCCGACGGGUGUGUGUCCUGCUCCGACGGAGUUGACGAAAGAUACUGGGGAGUGGGAACGGGUGUUGCAUUGGGCGAAGGGGACGGGUUUGUUGUUGACGAAGGAGCACGUAGACUUCCAGACGAGUGUGAUCUUGAUGGAGGCGGCGGAGCGUCGUUUAGCGGCUAAGCCGCGGGUCCAAUUCGGGUACGGGUCGCGCCUAUCGGGAAAGAGUUCGGGCACGGAUGUAGGUGCCGCUCCGCCUAAGAGUCUGCUUAAGCGGUAUGGGUUGUUUCCCCGGUCUGGUGGAGGAAAUUCGCGGUCGGGACUGAGGUCGGGAUUCCGGCCUGACAAAGGACCUCGUUCGGGACAGCAGCAACUGAGCCGGCUGAAUUCGCUAGGCCAGAUUUUGCGGAAGCACAAGGGCCACUACCGACGUGUGUUGGGCGAGAACCGGUACCUCCGGGCUCGGAAAGGCAUCCAUGUGUGGGUGUUCUUUUCCAGCAACACACGCCUCGAUCUGUACAAGUUCUACAUAUCCAACGAAGGUGACUUCUUAAUCACCCGAUUGCCCGUACACCAACAACGGUACCAACGACCCCCACACGAAUGCUGCUCUGAAGUCGCCAGUCCUGAGGAGGACCGCAGUGCCCGCGAACUGCCCCUCGAACGACUUCGGGCCAUCGAUAUUUCUGUCAAAGUCCGACGACUUCUUAAGGAACCCAUGCUACUCCAUGUCAAAGCCACCACCAUAGCCGCCCUCUGGAACGACCAAUCCACCGAACCACUAAUUAUCGCCAGCGACCGUCAGGCCGACAUACAAGACAUAAUUUUUCUCAUCAGGUUCAUUCAACAAUAUAGAGGGCUCGAACUAGCCUAUAUAUUUUCUUAA